AUGGGGUCCUCUCCCCCAGGUUCCGCCGUUACCUCUUCUAUAGCUUCCGCGGAAACUCCACCAAUUGCGGGGAAUACACCCGCUGCACCUGGCGCUGACCUAACGGUCCCUGAUCUGUCAGCUGACGUUGCGGCAGCUCCGGAAGCAGCGGCUCCGCCAGCGGAAAAUGCAGCAGCUCCCGCGGACGGCGGAAAGCAGGCGGAAACCCCAGUAGCGGCCGUGCCGCCUGCAGAGGUUGUAGCGGCUGUAGCGGCGGAGGUUGCGGCUGUAGUGGCGGGGGGUGCGGCUGUAGCGGCGGGGGGUGCAGCAUCCGCGGACGGCGGAGGGGGGGCGAUGUGGAAGACGACUCUGUGCUCGUUCUUCCGCAAGCACGGGGAGUGCAAGCACGGCGCGCGGUGCAAGUUCGCGCACGGGGAGGCGGAGCUGCGCGCGCGCCCAGACGGGUCGUUUGACCCCACUUCCGCGCGCGGAGGAGCUAAGCGGAGCGAAGCAGGGGAAGGGGAUCAGAGCAAUAAGGGGAGGAAUAGGGGGAGGAAACGCGGAGGGGGAGGGUCUUGGGGGAGAGAGGCGGAAGAAGCAGAGGGUGGCGGGGACGAGGGGAAGGAAGGGGGGGCAGGGGGGGAGGGCGAGUGGAGUAGGCUUUGCGUGCAGAACCUACCCAAGUGGUGGAAUGUGAAGCACUUUCGCGAAAUACUAAACGAAAUGAGUUUGGACUAUUGCGGGUCGAGGAAAAGCCAGGGCGUGGCGUUUGGAUUCGUGUCGUUUGAGUCAGCUGCCGCAGCAGACAAGGCCACUCAGCUAUUGAACGGCAAGCUGGUGAAAAACCAGAUGCUAGACGUGCAGCCGGCACGCCCACCUCCCCUGCGUGUGCGAAGGGAUCCACACCUCCCCUCCCCACCCCAGUGUGUGAAUCUACGCCUCCCCUCCCUGUGUGAAGGGAUCCACACCUCCCCUCCCCACCCCAGUGUGCAAGUUCUCCAUUGGGCCCUCCGCUGUUUGCCAUACCCUCUUCCCCCCACCCCUUUUUCCCUUGCUUUCCAUGUCCCAACAGCCCACCUUCCUUGUGUGUUUGAAGGAAUUUACGCCUCACCAGUGGUGGACGGUUAUCGCAACAAGUGUGAAUUCUCCAUUGGGCCCUCUGCUGCUAGUCAGCCCACCAUCGGGUUCCUUCUCGGAAAUUUCCGCGAUGGGGUGACAGCAGUGGCAGAGCCGUCAGGCUGUCGAAACAUCUCCCCCGUAGCCAUCGCCUUUGCACGCCUGGUUCAGGACGUGGUGCGAGAAUCACCCUUAGCUGCAUGGGACAAGGUCAACAACCGGGGCUUCUGGCGCUUGCUCACGGUGAGGGAAGGCACGGCCGAACCACUCACUGCCACCUCGCGCCCCGAGCCUGCUGCUGCUGACGUGGCGUCGAUGGACGUGGACCAAUCAGCAACAGCAAUCGAUGGACAGCCACCCGCAGAAAAGCAAGACGAUCAUGGCACAAGAGAUGAAGAUGACACAAGGGAUGACACAAGAAUCGACACAAGGGAAGGGGAAGGGCCAAGGCACAGUGGCAGGGCGGCAGUGAAUCAAGUGAUGCUGCUGCUACAGGUGAACCCUGCUUGUGUCGAUCGGACGGCCGUGGAUGCGGAGCUGAGCAGAUUGACGGCUGAGAUUGAAAGACGAGCAGCGGAGCACAGCCCUCCACUGCCUCUCACUCUCAUCCUCGUUCAGGAACACUCGGGUGUGUCCAAUGCAGCCCCCGAGAGCUGCCCCAUCCUCGUUUUAAGACCCCCUGAGAGCUGCCCCAUCCGCCUGCUCUACCCUCGCUCUAGUCACAUCGAGCCAUCGGCAGCAGUGACAAUGGCAGGGAAUGGAGCAGCUAGUGGUGCGGAAGAAGAGGCAUGUACAUCACAGGGAAAAGUGAAAAAGUCAGCAGAAGAAGCAUUACAAGGGGAGGCACUUGAGUCAACAGCAGAAGGAGCAGAAGCAGUGGAAGCGGAAGGAGCAGAAGCAGUAGCAGCAGCGGCACCAGCAGCAGGAGAGGCAGCCGAGGCAGGAGGAGCAGAAGCAACAUUGCGAGAAGCAGGAGCAGCAGCAGUAGCAGCAGGGGCAAGGGAGGCAGCGUGUGACACACACAUAUACGACCAUCUGUGUGGGCUCAAGUUCCGCCUUUCACCCACAUCCUUCUUUCAGACCAACUUAGCAGGAGCGCAGCUGCUGUAUCAGCUCGCUGCUUCCUGGACCAACUCAGCAGGAGCGCAGCUGCUGUAUCAGCUCGCUGCUUCCUGGCAGCAGGGACAGCAGGAGCUGCAGGAGCAGGAGCAGCAGCAGGGGCAGGAGCAGCAGGGGCAGGAACAGGGGCAGCAACAGCAGCGUGGGCAGGAGCAGCAACAGCAGCAACAGCAAGAGCAAGAGCAGGAGCAGCAGCAGCAGGCGCGACAAGGGGGGCAAGGCGAUGAAAAGAACAGUGUGUUGGUGUUUGACGUGUGCUGUGGCACGGGCACCAUCGGCCUGUGCGUUGCAAAGCACGCCAAGAAGGUAAAUUUUUGA